AUGACGACUUCACUGCAGUUGUACGGAGUUCAAACUCCAGGGCUUGCUUUAAGUUCAAAGAGGCUUGAGUUUGGCUCAAAGGGGAUUUGUAAUUUCUCAGUUACUCCGACCUCAAGUAACGCAAUCUUUAGAACCGUAGAGCAUUCUUGUAGGAAUAUAGCUUUGAGAGUUAGUUGUGAAGCUGCAAGAGUUGAUUUGAUUGAGAGAAAAGAGACUGAGACUAGAAGUUUAAGUGGAACUGGGAAAGAGUUGACUUGUGUAAUGAAGUUCGGAGGCUCAUCAGUGGAGUCAGCAGAGAGGAUGAAAGAAGUUGCUAAUCUUAUACUCAGCUUUCCUGAUGAGAGGCCUGUUAUUGUGUUAUCAGCAAUGGGGAAGACUACUAAUAAGCUUUUGAAGGCUGGAGAGAAGGCUGUUACUUGUGGUGUCACAAAUGUAGAAAGUAUUGAAGAACUGAGCUUUAUUAAGGAACUCCAUUUAAGAACUGCUCAUGAGCUUGGAGUGGAAACAACGGUUAUUGCACAACACCUAGAAGGACUACACCAGCUUCUGAAAGGCAUAUCGAUGAUGAAAGAGUUAACCUUACGUACAAGGGACUACUUAGUUUCAUUUGGAGAGUGCAUGUCCACAAGGCUCUUCUCUGCGUAUCUCAACAAAAUUGGCCACAAAGCGCGUCAAUAUGAUGCAUUUGAGAUUGGGUUUAUAACCACAGACGAUUUUACAAAUGCUGAUAUACUUGAAGCAACAUACCCUGCAGUCUCCAAAACGCUACUUAAUAACUGGAGCAAGGACAACGCAGUCCCUGUAGUUACUGGCUUCCUCGGAAAGGGAUGGAGGUCUUGUGCUAUAACGACUUUGGGUAGGGGUGGUAGUGAUUUAACAGCCACAACGAUUGGGAAAGCGUUAGGACUAAGGGAAAUUCAGGUUUGGAAAGAUGUGGAUGGAGUAUUGACUUGUGAUCCGAACAUAUACUCUGGAGCACAGUCUGUUCCAUACUUAACGUUUGAUGAGGCAGCUGAGCUUGCUUACUUUGGUGCUCAAGUGUUGCAUCCACUUUCCAUGAGGCCAGCAAGAGAUGGUGACAUUCCUGUUAGGGUGAAGAACUCUUACAACCCCAAUGCUCCAGGAACUGUCAUCACCAGAUCUAGAGACAUGAGUAAGGCUGUGCUGACAAGCAUUGUUCUGAAACGUAAUGUGACCAUGUUGGACAUAGCAAGCACUCGUAUGCUCGGCCAAUAUGGUUUCCUCGCCAAGGUGUUUACCACAUUUGAAGAUUUAGGCAUAUCGGUGGAUGUUGUGGCAACGAGUGAAGUUAGUAUAUCAUUGACACUGGAUCCAGCAAAGCUCUGGGGUAGAGAGUUAGUUCAGCGGGCAAACGAGCUGGAUCAUGUUGUAGAAGAGCUAGAGAAGAUUGCAGUUGUGAAACUGCUUCAGCGCAGAUCAAUCAUCUCUCUCAUUGGAAACGUACAGAAGUCAUCACUCAUAUUAGAGAAGGUUUUCAAAGUACUUAGAAGCAAUGGAGUGAAUGUGCAGAUGAUCUCACAGGGUGCAUCUAAGGUGAACAUUUCAUUGAUAGUGAAUGAUGAAGAGGCAGAGCAAUGUGUGAGGUCUCUCCACUCCGCCUUCUUUGAGACAUCUUCUUAA